AUGGCACCAGAAUUAAAAUUUGCCACUCAUGUAAUUCCCGCUUCACCAAUUCGUGUAUUUAAUAGUAAUGAUAAAAAUAGACCAUUGCGUUAUCAUAAAGAAGUUUGGGAACCUAUUAUAAGAGGUUUAAAUGAGAAAAGAGGAAAAAGUUGGAGUGGUGGAACUAUGUAUGCCUUCGAUGCAACGAAUCACGGUGAUAGUGCGAUCUUAAAUCAAGAUAUUUUACCGAAUUCUUUCAAGUGGACCGAUAAUGCACGUGAUAUUCUUCAAAUUAUUGAUCACUUUAAGAUUAAAGGUCCUAUCGUUGGAGUUGGACAUUCAAUGGGAGGAUGCGCAAUGUUGAUGGCAGAGAUCUUUCGUCCUGGUACCUUUUCAGCUCUUGUAUCAAUUGAUCCUGUACUUUAUCCUUUCAGAAUGAAUGAAUAUAAAUCUUUUUCAGAAGCAGCAAAAGGUAGUUUUUUGAGACACGCCUUUUUUAAGGCUUGGGAUUCGGAAGUAUUAGAUCUUCAUAUUGUGAGUGAGCUUAUCUUAGAUUUACCUUCCGGAGAAGUAACUCUUAAAUGCCCUAAAGAUCAAGAAUCUUAUGUCUUUGGGCAUGAUAACGAUACCGUAUUUGAUGCCUUUUCAGGAUUACCAGAAAUUGAUUGUUCAGUAUUAUUUAUUAUUGGUUCAGGUUCCUUCUUAAUUAAUUCACAAGAUUUAGCAUUAUUUAAAGCUUCUAGAUGUAAAAAUGGUCAUUUAAUAACUAUUGAUUGUGGACAUUUGGUGCCACUGGAAAAACCCCAAGAAACUACAAAAGUAAAAUUUGGUAUUCUAGCUCCUUCAGGAAAUUGUACCAUUAUAAAUUCUAAACGAGCCCAAUCCAAAUGUUUAUUGUAA